AUGGCUCCUCCGCCACCGACCAAGUUGGUUCGGCGCCAUACGACAGAGGGACGCCUGCUCCUCGUCUCCAACCGUCUCCCCAUCACCAUCAAACGCUCAGAUGAAGGGAAAUUCGACUUCUCCAUGUCCUCGGGAGGCCUUGUCAGUGGACUGAGUGGUCUAUCAAAAUCCACCACAUUCCAGUGGUAUGGCUGGCCUGGCUUGGAGAUUCCCGAGAAUGAGAUUGGCACCUUGAAGCAGCAGCUCAAGGCCGAGCACAACGCAGUUCCAGUGAUGCUCGACGACGACCUGGCCGACCGUCAUUACAACGGCUUCUCAAACUCCAUCCUUUGGCCCCUCUUCCACUAUCACCCCGGAGAGAUUACCUUCGACGAGUCCGCCUGGAACGCCUACACCGAAGCAAAUCGCCUGUUCGCGAAGGCUAUUGCGAAAGAUGUACAGGACAACGAUAUGGUCUGGGUCCAUGACUACCAUCUGAUGCUCCUACCUGCGAUGCUUCGCGAGGAAAUCGGCAAUACAAAGAAGAAUGUGAAGCUGGGCUUCUUCCUACACACACCGUUCCCUAGCUCCGAAAUUUACCGCAUUCUUCCCGUGCGCAACGAGAUCCUCCUCGGUGUCCUACACUGCGAUUUGAUCGGCUUCCACACCUACGAUUACGCCCGCCACUUCCUGAGCAGCUGCUCCCGUAUCUUGGGCCUUGCGACAACGCCCAACGGCGUAGAAUUCCAGGGCAAGCUGAUUACCGUCGGCGCAUUUCCUAUCGGAAUCGAUCCCGAGAAGUUCGACGAAGGGCUGAAGAAGCCCAAGGUCCAGGAGCGCAUCGCAGCGCUCGAGAAGAAAUUUGAGGGUGUGAAGCUCAUCGUUGGAGUUGAUCGCUUGGAUUAUAUCAAGGGUGUUCCCCAGAAACUCCACGCAUUGGAGGUGUUUCUGACGGAGCAUCCUGAGUGGAUUGGCAAGGUCGUUCUCGUCCAAGUCGCUGUUCCCAGCCGACAAGACGUCGAGGAGUACCAGAAUCUUCGCGCUGUCGUCAACGAACUUGUCGGUCGUAUCAACGGCAAAUUUGGCACCAUUGAGUUCAUGCCUAUCCACUUCAUGCACAAGUCGGUUUCCUUCGACGAGCUGAUUGCGCUGUACUCUGUCUCAGACGCUUGUCUCGUUUCCUCAACGCGCGACGGCAUGAACCUUGUGUCAUACGAGUACAUCGCGACUCAGGAGAAGCGCCACGGCGUCAUGAUCCUUUCCGAAUUUACCGGCGCUGCCCAGAGCUUGAACGGCAGCUUGAUCGUCAACCCCUGGAAUACCGAGGAGCUGGCUGAUUCGAUUCAUGAUGCGGUCACCAUGGGCGAUGAACAGCGGGCGCAGAACUACGAGAAGCUUUCUAGGUACAUCCGCAAGUACACCAGUGCAUGGUGGGGACAAUCUUUCGUCCAGGAGCUCACCAGGAUAUCCGAGCAAGCCGACAGGAAAGUCAAGUUUGCACCCCGAGCUGAGGGACAGGCGUCAUUCCAGCCCAAGCCCACCAAUAAUGAGGGCAAUGCAACUAAGACCAAUGCCGAAGCUACCAAUCAGCAGGCAGCCGCUCCGACAGAGGACGGUGGUGUCCCUGCACCUCAGCAGGAAAAAGAUGAAGACCUGGUAAUCAACCCUUCUUAG